CGCCUUACCUUUUCCUACAAUUUAAGUAUAUGAAAGCAAAAGCAGGUGUAGAAAAUCCUGAAUUGUGAGAAAUGGCGACGAUUGCAGCCUCACUCGGACCAACCAUGGCGGGAGUAGCAGUAAAAUCCCAAAACUUGUGCAGGUUCUCGACGAUUAAGAGUUCCGAAAUUGGUUCCGUUGCGUCCCAGUUGAGUGGAAUCAAGAUAUCCUCGGUCCAAUUUCAGAAGAGAGCCGGUCUUCCUCUCUCUACGCAUCUGAGGCCUUCUCUUCAACCUGUUGCUCGUAGAGUAUGCCCCUUCACUGGAAAGAAGUCAAACAAAGCAAAUGCAGUUUCUCACUCGAACCACAAGACAACGAGACGACAGUUUGUGAACCUGCAGUACAAGCGGAUAUGGUGGGAAGCUGGGAAGCGCUAUGUCAAAUUGCGUCUAUCGACGAAAGCUAUGAAGACCAUUGAGAAGAAUGGACUUGAUGCAGUUGCUAAGAAAGCCGGAAUCGAUCUCAACAAGAAAUAAAUUUCAAACUGUGCAUCUCCUUACACUAGCAGAUGUUUUCUUCAUUGCCAUUUUGCAGCUUUCUUCUUUGAGAAUUCCUUGUUUCUACAUGUUGACAUUGUUUAUUCUCAUGUCAAAAUAUGUAUGACGAUGCUUGGAAUAGGAGAUCGAAUGCGAUCUUUGUGACUAAAAAAGCUUUCAUGGCAGGCAUUAAUGACUAGAAAAUACAAUUGACAUUGA